GCUUCCUCAGCAUUGUACUGAAGAUAGCAGAGAUGCUGCACAGUUGGUUUCCUCACAUCAGACCAGACCUGACGCACACAGAGCCCUGCACUCCGGCUAAGAAGCGAAAGCAGCAUCAGAGCAGCGCCCCGCCCCCUCCACCCUCGCCGGUGUCGUUCUGCUCCUCAGACUCCUCCACCCGCCUCAAACGGCUCCACAUGUCACCCAUCUGCUCCCUGAAGACUCUUGAAUCCACCCUCAGCCAGCCCCCCCCGGCCUCCGCCCCCCCUCCACCUGCGUGCUGCAGCCAGGGGGCGACCCAGGACAGCGCCGUCUCCUCCUCCACCGACUCGCUCUCGGCCCCCCCCAGUCACCUCAGCCGGGGGGGGGCGCUGCCCGCCAAGUUCACCACGCCCUGUCUGGUGAGACUCUUGCAGGCCAAGGACAGCAUCAUCACACCCCGGAGGGCGGAGGACGGGGGCUCGGGGUCCUGAGAGGUGACGCCGAGAACCAGAGGCUGAUCCGGGGUCAGAUCUGGGCUCCCACAUGAGACACUACAAGGCCUUAAAAAAAGCAUGUUUCAAAGUCUUCUAUAUAUUUUUUAAACAGUGGAAAUGCAGUUGCCUCGGACUUCAAGUUCUUCAGAGUCAGAAUGUGAUGAAGAGAAAACGGGCCUCGCUUGACUUGAAGGACUUUUUCAAAAGUCCGUGUGAGAACAUUGGACCUUCAUUUUGAGUUUCACUGAUAUUUGAGUUGGAUGGAUUUCAUCUUCUAAUGAGUUCAAAUGUUAAAACAAUGUUACUGAGAUGAAUCACCUCAACACAAGAGGAGUGAACAAAGAGGAAUGGUAACUCUGGGGUUGGAAAUAUGGGCGGAAGCUCAUUACACCUGGAGACUUCUGAUUGAAACACACACUUCUUUUGGGUUUCCAAUGGUUCCUCUACCUCAUGCUGAGACAGCACACAGUUUGACCGUGUCAGCACAACAGAACUGUCAGUGAUCUGAAACCUUUGAAGUUUUACACAAGCUGCAGAGUAAAGCAGCGUACAUUCAAGAAAUCUUAGGGUGUAGUUCUUUCCUAUACUGAGGUUUACCAUUACACAGUGAAAUAUAUCCAAAGCGAGUCUUUCACUAUAAUUAGCUUGAGGUCUACAGUUUUUCCAGAGGGAUUUAAAAAGGUUUUGUAUACCCCAAACCUGGAUUUGUUGGUCAGUUCUUGUCUUUCACGCCUCACAUGUGAGUUGAAACAUUUCAACACUGUUGGGAAACAGAACGAUCACGGGGAACCCAGAGGAAAUGUAGAAACAUCUCCUGCCACCAUUUCAAAGAUUUGUUCCAGUUAGUCCCAAUACAAUCCUCACAUGUACUUUGAGAGGUUUAUCAGUUGCUGUAAUCUUUAUCUGCACUCCAUACAAGCUGUGAAAGGUAUAGGAAACUGAAUAUUGUACUAAAACUAAACAGCCAAGGUGGAAGAUUCCCACUUUGGUUGAACUCAGACUCAUGAAGCUGGAGCAUAAUGAGGUCUCGGCAGAGUAACUAAGAGAUGGCUUCAUGGAUGAUUACGCGUGGGAAAUUGAUUAGUGGAUCCCUCAGGCCAUAACGUGAUUUUUGGGGGGUUUCCCUUCCCAAAGUUCCCUCCAUUUUCCUACUUUUUACAUAUUAACAGUGAUCUUGUGACCGAGGGCUUCCAAAAUGCAGGUGACCCACACUCAGUAGUCCCUGAACGCCUCCUGUCAGAAGCUGCUUUCACUGCGAAUUAUAUUUUUUAUGACAGAAACCAAAACACUGUCAAAGUACAUGAGAUUGAGAGAAAAUUCAUAUCCAAACGUCUCCCCUUGCCAACAUGGACACUUAUUUUGAACACACUGAAUAGUCGUGUAAUUUUUCCUUUAAUGUACAUCUGUUUUUUUUUCUUUUUCAUAUUAUAGUUACUUCCCAUUAAAGAUGGCCUUUGUCAUGUUUACUUCUGAAAUAAAUGUGAUGUCUUCUGGAAAUGUUUGUCUUUUUUCUACAAACAUUUAAAAUUAAACCCAACUACAAUUCAGUUAUGCAGCAUUUAUUGUUGUUUUUUUGUAUGCUUUGGGAAACUCGGCAUAGGCAAUGAAAACAAUAAAUAUGGAUAUUAUGCAAAACAUUUCCAUAAUGAAGCAUUUUACACAAUGUACAAUAUUCUUCCUUUCCUCCUCGUGCUUUUUUUUUGAAUAUUCUAUACACAUCCAAACAAA